UUUUAUAUUAUUCUGCUUGAAGUUUGCAUUUAACUUUUUGAUUCUCUACCGCCAAAAACAGAACGCCGUUCAAGCGGACCAAAAACGGCUUGGAACCCUCGACAGCGGCAAAAGCUGGAGGGUAUAAAACUCGCACAGCUGAGUUUUAUUUUGCACGCGACAUUGAAUUUGACGAUAUGGAAAGAUGCAUUAUUUGCGUGGAUAACUUGAGAAAAUACAAGUGCAGCAAAUGCUCGGCACCCUACUGCUCUGUGGCUUGUUAUAAGGCACACAGUGAAUCGCCCCAAUGUGCGACAAGGGAGUCCGAGGUUAAAAAGACUGAAGUUGGCUACCAGGAGGAACCUACGCUUCAUGUGCCCUUCCCCACCGACGACACAGUUCCCGCGGAGAAGCUGCAGCAACUAGAAAACUGCCAGGAACUGCGUAAUUUGCUCCACAAUCCCCACCUGCGUUCUCUGCUCCAGCAGAUUGAUGUGGCCAUCAAUGCCCAGUCGGCCAUGAUGGCCGCCAUGCAGGAGCCACUCUUCGUGGAGUUCGCCAAUGCCUGUCUUCAAGUCGUCGAACCGAUGACGGAUGCGGAGCGCACUGAAUUUGAGUUGUACUCCUGAAUUGAGUUGACACACAAACCUUCUUGGGGGGCUUGCAUUGAAGAACACCUGGAAACUCCUCAUUGAUGUCCGCGGGCAAGGAUGAAUCAUCUCCAUACCCAAUUUACAAACUAAUUAUUUGGCUCGGCCAUUUAAAGUUAUAUAUCUCAGGAGCUAGCAUAUCAAAUUGGACGUCAGUCUACAGCUUUGUUCUUUGGCAAUCAUACUCAAUCGAAGUAAAUUGAAACUGGAUCGGA